AAAGGUUCUUCCAUAAUCCUUAAAAUGGUCAUUAACUUAGGAAAUGUCAAUGCAUUUUGUUUUUCCAAUAUCAGUCACCCCACCCUCCUCUUUCUAGGAAAAUCACCAAUUUAACCUACUACUUUUCUCCCCACACAAACAGAAAAUAAAAAAUGUAAAUCAGACAAUUUUUUUUACAGAUUAUUGAUCUUCCUCUAAUGGAAGACAAGAGAGUACAUAUUAUAGCUGCUUCAACAGUCAUCAUCCUCGUAAUCAUUAUCGUAAUUUGUAGAGUUUCACUUAAACUCUCCAAGCCAUUUUACCUGAUCGCCGGCGCCGAUAUUGCUCUCAUUCUCGCAAUCUUUUCUUGUCUAAUUAUCAGACGCCGUUACACUCUCCGAAGCAAAUCGUUAGUCAAGCGAUUAGCUUCCGAAGGCAGAGAGCUACGAAUUGAGUACAGUUUCUUGAGAAAAGUCGCCGGAGUUCCGAUUAAGUUCCGAUAUAGAGAGCUUGAAGAAGCUACAGAUAAUUUUCAGGCGUUAAUCGGUCAAGGCGCGUCGGCUUCAGUUUUUAAAGGUAUUUUAUCUGACGGGACUGCUGUUGCCGUCAAAAGGAUUAAUCGGGAAGAACGCGGAGAGAAAGAGUUCCGAUCAGAAGUUGCAGCAAUCGCUAGUGUACAGCAUACAAAUCUCGUUCGCCUCAUCGGAUACUGCGUCGUGACAGGCGGACCUCGUUUCCUCGUUUACGAAUAUAUGGCGAAUGGAUCGUUGGAUUCUUGGAUUUUCCCGAGAAAACCUAACCGGAAUAAUAAUCUUCCCGGCGGAUGCUUGUCCUGGGAAUUGAGAUAUAGAGUUGCAGUUGAUGUAGCUAAAGCACUUUCUUACCUACAUCAUGAUUGCCGAUCAAGAGUGUUGCAUCUCGACGUGAAGCCGGAAAAUAUCCUAAUCGAUGAGAAUUAUCGAGCAAUCGUCUCGGAUUUAGGCCUGUCGAAACUAAUGCAAAAGGACGAGAGCCGAGUGAUAACUAAUAUUCGCGGUACGAGAGGCUACUUAGCUCCGGAAUGGCUAUUAGGGCUCGGAAUUUCGGAGAAAUCGGACGUUUAUAGUUACGGAAUGGUUAUUUUAGAGAUCAUCGGAGGUCAACGAAACGUAAAGUUAAUACAGAAUGAGAAAUCUCAAACAAAAUGGCAAUAUUUUCCGAGAAUCGUUCAUCGGAAACUAAAAGAAGGGAAGAUUAUGGAAAUAGUUGAUGAAAGGCUGAUAGAAAGUGGAAUGAAAAUUGAAGAAAGGGAAGUGAAGAGAUUGGUGAAUGUGGCAUUGUGGUGCAUACAAGAGAAGCCUAGGAUUAGGCCAACAAUGGAUAAAGUGGUGGAGAUGCUUGAAGGAAGAGUGGUGGUGGAAGAACCUCCGGAGACUCAAAUGAUUGUUGUUGAUUUGUUAUCAAUUGAUAGAGAUACCGGAGAUGGUGGAAACAGAGCUGCAAUUGCUGCAUUUGGUUCAUCCGAACAAGAAGAUGGCAGUGCUGAUAAUCACGCUACAUCUUGUUCAUAUGCCAUGUCAAUCAUCUCCCCCAGAUAGCCCCAUUUUGUUUUGAUUAUAGCUAAGUCUGCUCAAUUAAAUCAAUUGAAUAUAAUCUUAUUUAUGUGA